CACACACACACACCACGUGCUGUUUUGUAGCCGUUUUUGUUGAGUGUCGCUAGUGCGUGUGAGAGUGCGUGAAUCCGUCCGACGGGAGAGCAAGUCGGCGUCCCGGUUCCUAAUAUCCUGCGGGAUAGAGCACAUUUAAAGCGCGUUCGUUUCACUCGCAAAGUGCACAUCAUGAAGAUGUUUGCUGCCGUGCUGUUGGCGGCCUGCCUGGCCACAUCGAGCCUGGCCAGCCCGGCCCCGGACUGUCCACCGAGCGGGCACGUCUCCGGCUACUCCUACCCGGCCCCGACCGUCCAGCUGUCCGUCGGCAAGGCGAUCAACUCGGUCAGCGUGACGCCCGGCUUCUCCUCCUACUCCGUCGACGGUGAGGUGAAGUACGCGUCGGUCGGUCCGUCCUACAGCUCGUACGAAGCGUCCCCCGCCUAUAGUGCGUACGGUGCGUCCGGCGAGGACCUGAAGCUGACCAGCUACGAGGCGGGCGUGAAGACGGUCGAGGCUGCCCCGGCCGUCACCUACACCGCCAAGACCGCCGGCGUGGUGUACGCGGACAAGUCGCCCGCCGCCACCUUCGCUUCCGUGGUGCCGUCGGUCAGCUACACCAAGACGGUGGCCGCCCCGGCCGUCUACGCCCAGCCCGCCGUCAGCAAGGUGUACACCAGUGAGGCUGCCCCUGCCUACCAAGUCACCAAGGAGUACCUGCCGCCCACCGUGAAGACGUACGCCACCGCUCCAGCCGUCGCCUCGUACGUGUCCACCCCGACCGUCACCAAGUAUGCGGCCGCGCCCGCCGUCUCGUCGUACGUUGCCACCGCACCGGUCGUCAGCAAGUACGUGUCGGCCGGCCCCGCUGUCAGCUAUUCCGCUGCCCCGGUGGCCAAGGUUGCCACCUACUCGAGCUAUGCGCCCGCUGCCAAGGUCGCGACCUAUGCUACCCCCGCCUACGGUUAUGCUGCGUCCUAUGCUCCGGCCGUGAAGGCCAGCUACGCCAGCUACGCACCGGCCACGUCGUACGCCAGCUACGCACCGGCCACGACCUACGCCAGCUACACGCCCGCCGCUAAGGUGGCCUCGUACACCCCGGCCGUCGGUUACGCUGCCUAUGCGCCGGCCGCUAAGGUUGCGUACGCCGCGCCUGCCGCCAGCUACGCCAGCUCGUACGCCACCACCUCCAAGCUGGCCUAUGCCGCGCCGGCCGUCACCAAGACGGUCGUGUCCGCACCGGCCGUCGCUUCCUACUACUCCGCCCCGGCCGUCACCAAGUACUCGUCCGCCCCGGCCGUGUCGACCGCGUACGUGUCCGCCCCGACCGUCACCAAGUAUGCCGCGGCCGGCGUUGCCUAUACCCCGGCCGUCUCGAGCUACGUUGCGCCCUACUCGGCCCAAGCGUACACCCCGGCCGUCAGCAAGUACGUCUCGACGCCCGCCGUCUCCUCGUACUACGCCACGCCCGCCGUCUCGAAGGUAGUGUCCAGCCCGGCGUACGCCUCGUACGUGUCCGCCCCGGCCGUCACCAAGUACGCGUCCGCACCGGCCGUGUCCAGCGCGUACGUUUCCACCCCGGUCGUCAGCAAGACGGCGUACUCUGGCGCUUAUCUGGCCGCUCCGGCCGUCGCUAAGGUUGCCACCGCGUACGGACCGGCCGUCGCUUCCUACAGCACUGGCCCUGCCGUUUCGGCCUACAGCACCGGCUCGGCCUACAGUACCGGCUCGGCCUACUCGAGCUACUCCGUCGCUCCGGCCGUCUCGAAGGUAGUUUCGAGCCCAGCCGUCGCUGCCUACAGCACUGGACCGGCUUACUCCAGCUACUCGGUCGCUCCGGCCGUCUCCAAGGUGUACUCCACGCCAGCCGUUGCCGCCUAUAGUGCCGUCCCUGCCGUCUCCAAGGUCUACUCGACCCCGGCCGUCGCUUCUUACAGUGCCGUCCCGGCCGUCUCCAAGGUGUACUCGACCCCGGCCGUUGCUAGCUACAGUGCCAGUCCCGCCUACUCCUCCUACUCGGCCACCCCGGCCGUUGCCUCGUACAGUGCCGUCCCGGCCGUCUCCAAGGUGUACUCCACCCCUGCCGUCGCUUCGUACAGUGCCGUCCCUGCCGUCUCCAAGGUCUACUCCACGCCGGCCGUUGCCAGCUACAGUGCCGUCCCGGCCGUCUCCAAGGUGUACUCGAGCCCUGCCGUCGCUGCUUACAGUGCCGGUCCCGCCUACUCCUCCUACUCGGCCACCCCGGCCGUCGCUGCGUACAGCGCCGGUCCGGCCUACUCGGCCUACUCCGUCGCUCCGGCCGUCACCAAGUACGCUACGUCCGGUGUUGCCGGCUACGCUACGUCCGGUGUUGCCGGCUACGCCACGUCCGGUGCCACGCACGGCUACUACGCCGCCGGCCCAGCCGUCUCGGCCGCUCACUACGGAGGCUACCGUUAUGCUGCCGCUGCUCCUGCCCUGACUACCGCCUACACGGCCCCGGCCACCGUCGUCAAGACCGUUGCGCCGACCACCGUCGUGAAGACGGUCGCCGAGAAGUACCUCGAACAUUAUGAAGAUAAUGCCCGCUACGCUUUCGAGUACGGCGUGAACGACCCGCUGACCGGUGACAUCAAGCACCAGAAGGAGGAGCGCGACGGUGACGUCGUGCGCGGCCAGUACUCGCUGGUCGAGCCGGACGGUAACGUGCGCACGGUCGACUACUACGCCGACUGGGCCACCGGGUUCCACGCGACCGUCACCAACAGCCGGGACCAGGUGCACGCCACCAAGGUGCUGGGCAAGCGCGACACCGUGAAGGCGUAAGGCGUCCCACCCAUCUCCCAUUUUCCACUAGGGGACUCACUCUCGUCCCGGUGGCAGCAGCCAGGAAGCAGUGAUCGCUGUGUACAGAGAACGUCCUGCAAAAUCGCUCCUCUUCAUCCGAAUCUUCAUCCAUCUCCAACACACACACACUUCAUUGUCCAUUCGAAAGCGCAGAUGUGUUGGUAGUAGCGUAGAGACGUGUUAAUGUAUGUGUGCCUUGUUUUGUUUACUCAUUCAUAUUCGUUCUUAGCCGUUUUUGGAUGUUUUAUUUGUAUCGCGCCAUAACGCUGUCUCUCUCUCUCUCUCUCUCUCUCUCUCUCUCACACACACACACAGGCACUUUGUAUGUCCAGUUUUACAUUGUUUGUUUUUUUUUUGUAUUGUAUGUAUGUACAUGUAUACUACGAUUAUUUAUUGUUUUCGUGAUGAGUAGUUGCACGGGCAAGUGUGCUGUGCAGAGCAGGACAGAGAAGAAAAACAAGUUCGUAGCAAUCGGAACUAGUGUGUCAAACCCGUCCGUCCUGUUCAAAAUCUGUCCGCGCCUGUUUUGACAACCCUGUAAAUAUAUCAUACACGACCGUGCUCGAGAAAAAAAGAAAAGAAAAACCGCUCACCUCACGAAAACAGGCCGUAUUUUGUUCAUAUUUUGUCCAUUCUCACAACCACACACACACAUCUCUCAUCCGCCCCAAAAUCCGCAACCUGCCCGUACCGCUCGUUCCAGGACUUCCAUCAGGACGCUUGCCGGACCGCCUCAGCUCCAUCCUUCCCUCAUCCCAUCAUGUUAUCUUUGUGAUAGAAGUGUCAUACAAAUAUAUGUAUUUUAUUACUCUUUUUAAAAA